AUGGCUGUUGAAGACCAGGCGAAAACUCCAACGGACGUCGUCCACGAUGAAACCAAAGCUGAUCUGAGUGAUGGAAAUCUCGACCGCGAGACGGCGGCGCCUGACGAGGCCAACGUGAAGAUUGGUCCCCGUGUCUACCUGGCGCUGCUGGCUCUCGCGCUCACCUACGAAGCGGCUCUGUUCUCCUUUGUUGUCCCAUCGGCCGUUCUCCUGACCAUCAACAACGAUCUUGGCCCCUCGCCCGAUUUCACCUGGAUUAGUACAACAUGGUCCCUGUCAAACGCCAUCCUACAAUCCAUUGCCGGGAGGUUCACCGACAUCUUUGGACGCCGAUACUUUCUCAUUGCCGGCAGCGUACUUGGCUUUGUUGGAACCUUGGUUGCGGGACGUGCAAACACAAUCAGCACUGUCAUCGCUGGUACAACACUGAUGGGUGUUGGCGCUUCGACUCAGCAGAUUGCCUAUGCAGCGGCCUUUGACAUUGUCCCAAGAAAACAUCGCGGCACGGUCCUUGCGGCCAUGAACUUUGCAGCCUUGCCAGGCUCCAUGUUCGGCGCAGUCAUCGGUUUCAAUAUUGUCAAGACCUUGACCUGGCGGUACACCUUCUACUUCGGCUGCCUGGCAAAUGGUCUUUCCUUUCUCACCCUCGUCUGCUUCUAUUGGCCUCCUGGCUGGGUUGGUCUUCACCCGGACGGCAAAUCUCGAAAGCAACAAAUCCGAGAACUUGACUAUGUCUGUGUUGUCCUCUUUGGUGGAGGUUUGAUCGCUUUUCUCCUGGGAGUUGGCUGGGGUGGCAAUCCCACCCCAUGGAUCAGCGCAAAGGUCCUUGCACCACUAUUGAUCGGCGCCGUGACGCUUAUUGUGGCCGUGCCACUCUGGGAAAGAUACAGCGACCCCAAGAUCGACAAACUCUUCCCCCCUGAGCUGAUGACCAGGUUCAGAACGGUCGUUUUGCCCCUUGUUUGUUUAUUCUGCAACGGGGUUGUGUCUUCUGGCCUCAGCGUGAGUACUUCAUAUACCAUACCACAAACUUGCGUGCCGGCUAACAGGCGAGCAGAGGUUCAACGCUUGUUCACAACCGAACCGGGUCGGGCUGGCUGGUUAAGUUUCUGCAUGAAUGGCGCUGGAACCACGGGAAUCAUCGUGUCCGGCUCGCUCUUUGGCAUCGUCAAAUACACCAAAUAUCAAUUGAUCGUCUACGCGGUUUUCCAAUGCGCCUUUACUGCUGCAAUGGCAUCGAUCACCAGGGAUUCGCUGGCGAGAGCUGUUGUUCUCUGCCUGAUUGCGAAAUUUACCAUAGCCGGAAGUAGCAUAAUCGCGACGCUGUUCGUGCAGUUCGGGGCUGGCGAUACCCGCCUUGGUGCCGCGACUGGAAUACGUGGCACGCUUAUAAGCGCGGGGGGUUCCAUUGGUCUCGCGAUUUGCACAUCGGUGGUUGGGAACAAAGUCAGAGAGUCACUGUCGCCAGCUUUGGUCGCCGCUGUGGUGGAUGCGGGGCUGCCUGCAGACUCGGCGGCAGGCUUCAUCACUGCCUUCGUCUCCGGCAAACCGGGUGCCCUUGAUGCCGUCAUAGGAGCGACUCCUGAAGUGAUAGAGGCUGCCACCCGUGCCUCUCAAGCGGUCUAUGCCGACGCUUUCUCUCUCGUGUACUUGAUCACGAUCGUGUUCACAGGGGCGGCAUUGAUCUGUACUUUCUUCAUUCCCAGUGUCGACCAUCACCUGACCAAGCAUACCGCCGUCCAGCUCGACAAGGCCCAUAUUGUUGGACACGGUGAAGGUGAAGCUAAGGUGUUCAGGGAGGAAGACAGUGAGGACGGUAUUGAGAAAAGUAGCCUACCGAACGAGAUGGCCGGGGCGGUGCUGCACGGACAUCUACAACUUGGCCGGUAUGGUCUUGUAUGGCCCAGGAGGCAGGCAGAGAUGGAGGGGUGA